UGUUUGUUACUUUGAAUGACCUUUGAAACAAUUUGCAUUUCUGAAACAGUCUCAGUCAAGGGCAGAUUCACUCAGCCACAAGUGCUAACAGUGUUCUCAAACCAAAACAUGAGAACACACGUGAAAGAGUUUCUUUUUUUCUGGAGAAUUCUCAUUUUCCUCUCAUCUAAAACCUCAGGUCUAACAUGCAGCAGUAAGUGUGGAAGUACAUUGGAGGAAUGCUCCUGCCAGGCAACCUGUUUGUCUUUGACAAACUGCUGUACAGAUUACAACCAGACCUGCUUCCAGGUGUCACCAUACUCCAGCUCCAUGCUGGGUGGAAGAGCUCUUAGGAUCCUCGGUUUGACUCUCCCCUCUGAUGGGAGCCUUCUCUGCAGAUUCAAAGGUGAAACUGAACAACAGGGGAUUGUUGAUGAAGAGGGCCAUCCAUACUGCAUAUCUCCUCUGUUGUAUGAGACCGGUUGGAUAUCGUUUGACGUCUCGACAGACGGUGCAAAUUUCGACAGAUCAGGAGAGUAUCUGUCAGUCCAUCCCAAUAAAGCUGAUCCUUCAUAUCAAGUCACCCUUGUGAAUUCAACGCUGUGGCAGAACUAUGGCACUCCCAACAUGGCAGGACAGCUGAGUAUGACCUGGAAUAGCUCUUUAGUCGAAUCGGAAAACGUCAAUGUAGAGCUGUGGGGUUACAGAGAGGUCAACAGGAAUACGGCCGGGCCAUCCCCACUGCAGGCAGAGAUAAGAUAUCUGUACUCUCUUGGCAGGAAUGUUCCCAACACAGGUGACUUCAGCUUCAUUCCUGAACCCAGAGAAGAGUUUUCUGUGUGGGAGUUGGGGAAUAUUCGAAUUACUGCAAGUUCUAAAUCAGAAGGAGAAAGGUACGUUCAGGCCCUGUGGAGUGAAGGUCAUGUUUUGGCCUGGCACCUGGAGCCAUCCUUCAGAGAGGAUUCAUCCGGUUGGGCAGAAAAGAAGUGUCGCCAGUGGGACGAUCUGGAGAAGAAGCUGCCUAACUUCCUGGAUGAGCUCAUUCAAUGUCCUUGUACACUAGCUCAGGCUCGAGCAGACACAGGAAGAUUUCAUACUGAUUACAGCUGUAACAUUGAGACGGGCAGUGUGUGUACAAAUCACCCUGGUAGGGUCCACUGUGUCAGAGCCAUUCAGGCUAGUUCAAGUCAUGGAUCAGGGCAGCAGUGUUGCUAUGACCACACAGGUGCUCUGAUUCUCACUGGGGACUCGGUUGGUGGCAGCACACCGGAUCGUGCUCACAACUGGGGCUCAUCUCCAUACAGGGAGCCUCCUCGGGUUCCUGGGUAUUCCCACUGGCUUUAUGAUGUGAAGAGCUUCUGUUACUGCUGCCUAUGGAGCGACCUCUGCCACAUCUACCUAAACCAUCGACCUUCAAGUGGAUGUUGCAGAUACCAACCACCGAGAGCAGGUGUUGUCUUCGGCAAUCUGCAUUUUAUAACGUUUGAUGGGCUCAGCUACACCUUCAGCGGCAGAGGAGAGUAUUACCUGGUGUUUUCAGCAGACAGAGAGCUGAGAGUUCAGGCCAGAACAGAACAGCUGAAACUUAAGAAUGGCACCUUAGUCCAAGCUACCCAGCUGUCAUCUCUGGCCAUGAAGGAGAACUCCUCUGAUGUCAUCGAGGUCCGAACUGCAGAUGACCAUCUUCAGGUGCUGAGGAACAAGAAGAUUAUGCCUUUUACUGAACAAAGAUGGAUGGAUCUGCAAGGUGUUUUUGUAUUUGCUCCCUGCCCUCAGAAAGUGACAGUGAUCUUUUCCUCUGGUGCUGCUGUGGAGCUCCGUCUGCACGAAGGAUCCAUGGUAGCUACCGUUCUGCUUCCAGCAGAGUUUUCCAACCACACCCUGGGUCUCCUUGGCCGAAUGAACUCUGAUCCAACCGAUGACUUGAUGACCCAGUCUGGAAAGGUCAUAUCUUCAGCUAAUGCCACGCUGGGGGAAAUCUUUACCUUUGGAGCUAGAUGGAACAUAUCGAAGAUGUCAUCCCUUUUCACCUAUGACUCCCAAUACCUUUUGGAUUCAUACUUUUUUCCAUCAAGCCAUGACAGUGCUUUUGUUCCGGCCUAUUCUUUGCAUGCGAAACCUGAUGACCCCUUGGUAGCAGACAUGUUGUCGAUGUGUUUGGGAGAAGGGGCGCAGUUCUGUAUACAUGAUACCCUUAUCUCUCAAAGCCUGGCGGUGGGAAACGCCACACUCAGAGCCCAUCAACAUCAUCAGGCUUUAAUGGAAGCCCUGCAGCCAGUGGUAUCAUGUGGCUGGCUUCCCACACCCAGGAAUGGGAGAAAGAAUGGAACACAUUACCUGCAGGGGAAAACCCUGGGCUUCACCUGCAAUGAAGGCUAUAUACUGUACAAGUCAACAGAGCGCACCUGUCUAGAGGAGGGGAUGUGGACAGGAGAGCAACCUUACUGUAUUUCAGAUGAUAAAGUGGGGUUUAUUCUUGGGGCUUUUGGUUCCCUGUCAGCAUUGGUCGCUAUGGGAUUAACGUUAAAACUACACAACAGAAAACAAGCCAGAGAGAGAAAAGUGGAAUCUCUGGAGAUGGUGACCCAAGCACAGAUUUGAUAAACCUCCAAAGCCCUCUUGGUUUAUAGAGAAUCGGUCUGAAAAAUCUCUUUUGAACUGAGCAUUUGGAAAUACCAUGAAGCUGAUUUCCCCAUUUGGAGUUUUUUUGUUUUGUUCUUUUGACCCACUGAUGUUAUCAGAAAAGCCUCAGGCUUUAAGUUUCAGGCAUGCUGCUUGGCCUCAUGUUUUCUCCCUUGUUUAGUCUGGAGAAGCUCCAGGUUGUGGCAAAUGGUGCAUGGGGUGACAACUGAGGCAACUGAAGAGAAGAAAAAACAACAAGAGAAAAAGUUUUCAUGUCACAUAUUUGCAUGACCAAAAGGUUGAUCUUGUCUAGAAAGAAAGUUGUAUAAAUACUACACAGAGUUAUCAUCUUCACAAUCAACACUCCUUUCUCCCUGUUGGUUUGAAAUGGGACCAGAUGUGCUCAUGCUCAUGUUAACUGUGAAGCGAACCUGAUCGUUUUUCGGUUGAACAACUUUGAACUUGUACACAGGGUUUGUGUGGCCUCAUAUGCUUCAGUCAAACGAAGGGUUUUGCUGAUUGACUGAGGCAGAAAAAAAUCCUCCAAUGUUAGAUAAAGGUCAGCCUUUUGCACCGUUUCAACACUUUAUUUGUGAAUCUUUGUUCUGUUUCAUAUUUGCAUAGAAACAAUGAUCGAGUGAAAGUUUCUAUAAACUUUCGAAAACACAAGGUGAUAAAUAAUGCUGUGUUAUACUGUGUCUGAUGUGUGGUAGUCCACCAUCUCACUUUACCUCCUGGUCAAAGGAAACAGAUUGACAAGGUCUCUUGUGACUGAUAUCUGGCUGUGAUGGAGGGGGGGGGGGUCCAGCUCAGGGUUCAAGUCAAGAACUAAUUGAAAUAACCUGGCCUGCUGCACAUGGAGGGCUUUGAAGUUUUUGCAACAUGUAAACACAGUUUCUCCUCCGAGGGCCAACUGCUGCUAUGCUGUAAUGAAGCCUAACCCUGUUGUUAACCUUUGAAAGACAUCAAAACUCAUACAUCCCUA